AUGGGUAAAAAGACCACUUCCAACCCUGAGGUAAAAAAGGUUAAAGCAGAUUGGGAUAUUAAUCCAACGUGGACAACUACUUUUUGUAACCUUUGUGUGGAACAAAUUCAAGCCGGGAAUAGAACAAAAGGUGCUAGCUUUAGUACCAAAGGUUGGUUCAAUUUGGUGACCAAAUCUUGUGAUGAGACUGGUAAAAACUAUGAUAAGGACCGAUUAAAAAGUAGGUGGGAUGUAUUAAAAGGUGAUUGGAGAGUGUGGGAACAAUUGAGGAAUCUUCACACAGGUUUAGGUUGGGAUGCAGUGAAGGGAACGAUUGUUGCUACUGAUGAUUGGUGGGACCUGAAGUUGAAGGAAUUACCCAAAACUAAAAAAUUUAUAAAGAAAGGUCCACAAAAUCUAGAACACCUUGAUAUAAUGUUUAGGAAUGUUGCAACAACUGGGGUAGCUGCAUGGACCCCUUCUUCAAAUACACUCCUUCCAACAAUGCCAAAAGAGGGUGCUAGUGAUUUAGAUGGUAGAUCCGAAUUUAAGGAUAACCAAUGUGACAUGAGUUUAGAUAUUGAUAGUUUGCAGCAAUGA